AUGGUAAAUGCAGUAGGGCUCUAUGGCAAGAAGCUGGUCGAAAUUAGGCCAAUCUUUCCCAACCGCGUCCUUAACUUAUUGCAUUACUGUCCAAUGUCUGAUAUCAACUUAUGUGUUAUCAAGUUAGCACGACUUCUAUUUGGAGAAGUAGUAGAGCAUGUUGUAAGCUGUUUAGCUCAAAAAGGUGGAGCACCACUGAGAGAUAUUAUUCAACGAUCCAAGUUGAGCAAGGAUGAGGUGAAAAACUCCUUGUGUAUCCUCUUGCAACAUGAUCUGAUUGAUUACACGCUCAGUAAUACCAACGGCUACCUCUAUCGAUUAAAGAUCGAUCGAAUUCUGUUAUGCAACCGGUAUCCUCGCUAUAUUUACGCUAGCAAAUUUCUCUUUGGUGAUAUCGCUGAAUUAAUCGUUGAAGAAAUACUACUAAAUGGUCAAAUAAUCAAAAACGAACUCUUAGAUCAAAUAAAAAGUAGAUUAGCCGACAUCGUAGAGAAAGAUAAUACUCCUCCAGAUCCCACUGAAGUCGAUACGGCUUUUGAUGAAUUAGCUAGAAAUAACUUCAUUAUCGAAGUAGGGGGUGGAAGAAUGCUAGUGAAAAGUGAAGUUGAACAAGUUGAUAAAAUGACACCUACUACCAAUAAUAAACCAAGUGAAGAGGUUUCUACGCCCAAAAAAGGUAAUAAACGUCAAAGAUCAGAAGAUAUUCCCAGUGCUCCUGUUAGUAAACGACUUCAUCUAGAAGAAGGGACGAAUGAAAUAAAUUAUAUGAUGAUUGUUGAAGUGAUCGGUAAAAAAUAUGACUCGAUUGCUGCGGCUAUUAUGAGGAGCAUGCUUGAAUUAGAUGCUAAUCCACAAGAAAGUGAUAUUAUAACAAACGCAGUUCGGUUAAAGGAGAUUAAAUCUCACCUUCCUAAAGAAGUUAAUGUAACCAAAUCAAUACUAGAAGAAUAUUUGACAAUUUUAUACGAGGAUAAACAACUUAACACUGGUGAUCCAGAUAUACUCCACAUCUUUUCCGAAAUAGUAAAGAGGACUUUAGAAUGCCUUGUACAACAAAGAUUUGGUUCAAACUUUGGUCGCAUCUUUCGAAUCAUAGUUCAUAAAAAGAGCCUAGAGCAGAAAAAAAUUUGUGAUAUGGCUAUGCUGCCGUCAAAAGAUGCUAAAGCUAUUUUAUAUACCUUAAUGGUUGAGAAAUUCAUUAGAAUGCAGGAGAUUCCACGCAGCCUGGAUUGUGUUGCUUCUAAAACUUUUCAUCUAUUUAGUCUCGAUAUUUUGGAUACUUGUACUGUAGUUUUAAGUCGAUCAUACAAGGCUAUUGCAAACUCUAUUAUUAGACGCGAUUGGGAAGUUAACUCCAACAGGCAACGUGAAAUGCGAUUAUUAGACAAAUCUGAGCGAUUGAAGACUAUGAAGAAAUCUGUAUUAGCUAAUACUGAUGGUAAUGUUAGUAUUGAUGAAACUAUCAGAGAAUUAGAAGAAUCCAUUACGCCCAUUGAAAGCCAGCAAUUAAAAAUUUUACGUGAAAAAUUUGACAGGUGA